CACAGCUCUAGUUGGCUUAGCCUAGUGUCUUGCCAAGUCAAGCAUUGAAAAUGGAAGCAUGGAGCAAUCUAGAGGGCAAAGUGGUGAUGGUAACGGGCGCAUCAUCUGGAUUCGGGAGAGAACUCUGUGUCGACUUGGCAAAGGCGGGUUGUCAAGUCAUUGCAGCAGCUCGGAGAACCAACAGACUUCAGUCUCUUUGUGAAGAAAUCAAUACUUCUCCUCAUGCUACUGAGCUCACCAAUGCUCCUAUAUCUGGUAGCAUAAGCUGCCGCGCUGAAGCUGUGGAGCUUGAUGUGGCAGGGGAUGAAGAGACUAUCAAGAUGGCUGUAGAAAAAGCAUGGAAAUGUUUUGGUCGCAUUGAUGCUUUGGUUAAUAAUGCUGGUAUAAGAGGUGGAGUAAAGUCUUCACUGGAGUUAAGUGAAGAAGAAUGGAACAAUGUGGUGAGAACAAACUUGACAGGAUCAUGGUUGGUGUCCAAGCACGUCGGAUUACGCAUGGUUGAAGCAGUUCAAGAGGGAUGCAUCAUUAACAUUUCCUCUACAGGUGGUUUGAAUAGAACCUUAUCAAAAGGACUCCUUGCUUAUGGCUCCUCCAAAACAGGACUAAAUUCCAUGACCAAGAUAAUGGCACUAGAACUGGGGAAGCAUAAUAUAAGAGUAAAUUCGAUAUGCCCUGAUAUUUUCAAAUCUGAAAUAACUGAGGGUCUGAUGAGAAAAGAGUGGAUGAAGAAUGUAGCAGAAAGAACAGUUCCCUUGAAAGCUUUCCUUACACCUGAUCCGGCACUGUCAUCGCUUGUUCGCUACUUGAUUCAUGACACCUCAAAGUAUGUUACUGGCAACAUUUUCAUUGUUGAUUCUGGAACUACUCUUCCAGGUCUUCCCAUAUUCUCGUCCCUGUAAACUUAAUUAUUGUAAAACAUUUGGUCUGUCUUGUUCGGGAGGUGAGUUCAAUGUAUGUUGAAGUAAGUUCAGAACUAUCAAUUUUCGAACUUUUUGUCCUCACAGGUUGAUCUGGUGCUCGUACUUCGAGUUGUGCUGGUAUAGUUCUCCUGAAAUUUGGUCAUUGAGGGACUUGGUCCUCUUUGCAGUUUGGCCCUAGUGACGAAAUUUGCAUAAAAGAUUGACAUUUUCUUUUUCUUUGUC